UCCUCGGAUCGCGGAUGGAAAUUGACGCAAGUCGUGAAAUAAGUGGAUAAUUUCACUCAAUUUUUGCCUCAUUAGCUGCCUCAGCAUUCUAUUGAGUGGCUGAGCGGGCGGAGAGUUAAAGUGAAAUGCCAGUGAAGUUCUUCCACCAGUGAAACGUUUGGGAUUUACGCCAGUCUACAUCCGUAGUUGUGAUCAACUAAUUAGAUCAACAGAUGAAAGAUGGACCUCAACAUAGUGUGGGCUCGUGAUAGUGCUGAGGGAUAUGUGAAAGGACGCAUUUCUGAAAUAGGCAGUGAUCAAGAAUUCGAGGUGCAACCACUAGAUAGUAAAUUUGCCAAGCGUGUCUGCGCUGUUCAAGACAUCUUUCCAUCGUGCGAGGGAGAACAAGAUCACGAUGAUAACUGUGAGCUUAUGUUCCUGAAUGAGGCCACUCUGCUAGACAACUUGAAGACGAGAUACUACAAAGAUAAAAUCUAUACAUACGUUGCGAAUAUACUAAUAGCUGUGAACCCAUAUAAGGAAAUUCGAGAUCUGUAUUCAUCAAGUACUAUUAAGAAAUACAAUGGGCGUUCAUUGGGCGAACUCCCACCGCAUGUCUAUGCCAUCGCUGAUAAAGCUAUUCGAGAUAUGAAAGUGCUAAAAGUGUCACAGUCGAUAAUUGUUUCCGGUGAAUCUGGCGCAGGAAAGACUGAAUCAACGAAAUAUUUAUUGCGAUACUUGUGCGAUUCUGUAGCAGCGGCUGGAACGAUUGAACAAAAAAUUCUCGAUGCCAAUCCCAUCUUGGAAGCAUUUGGCAAUGCAAAGACGACGAGAAAUAACAACAGUUCGCGCUUUGGGAAGUUCAUUGAGGUGCACUAUGAUGGAAAGUAUGCCGUCGUUGGUGGUCAUAUAUCGCACUAUUUGCUAGAGAAGAGCAGAAUAUGCACACAGAGUCCAGAAGAGAGAAACUAUCAUGUAUUUUACAUGCUAUGUGCUGGAGCACCACAGCAAUUGCGUGAAAAACUAUGUCUGGGCAGACCUGACGAAUACAAGUACUUGAGUGGAUGUACGCAAUUCUUCACAAAUAGUACCACAGACAAGAAAAUUCCGACAGCCUACAAGUCUAAGGAUCACGUGAAGCGUGGUGGAUUGAGAGAUCCUAUUCUGGAUGAUUAUAAUGAUUUUGCGAGCUUGGAUCAGGCCCUUUCGCGUUUGGGACUGUCUGGGGAGAGUAAGCUUGAGAUUUACAAGCUUGUUGCCGGGGUGCUUCACCUCGGCAACAUCUCUUUCGAAGAUAAUCCCGAAGACGUUAAAGGAGGAUGCAAAGUGUCGCCAAGUUCUGAGCAAUCGUUGACUAUCACCUCGACAUUGAUUGGUGUGGAUCCGUCAGAGUUGCGUCAGGCGCUCAUUUCUCGUGUGAUGCAGAGCAAAGGUGGCGGCAUGAAAGGGACUGUUAUCAUGGUUCCACUGAAAGUCUAUGAGGCAAAUAAUGCACGCGAUGCUCUCGCGAAGGCGCUCUAUAGCCGGUUAUUUGAUCAUAUAGUCUCCAUCAUCAACUUGAGCAUUCCAUUCAAGGCAUCGAGCUUCUACAUUGGUGUUCUCGAUAUUGCUGGAUUUGAGUACUUCACUGUGAACUCAUUUGAGCAAUUCUGCAUCAAUUACUGUAAUGAGAAAUUGCAGAAAUUCUUCAAUGACAACAUCCUGGCAAAUGAGCAGGAAUUGUACAAGCGAGAAGGGCUGAAUGUGCCUCAAAUUAAAUUCACCGAUAAUCAGGACAUUAUUGAAUUAAUUGAGAACAAAUCAAAUGGGAUAUUCAUGAUAUUGGAUGAAGAGUCGAAACUGCCAAAACCAUCGCCGGCUCACUUUACUUCAGAGGUUCACACAUCAUGGCAGGGACACUAUCGUUUGUCAUAUCCUCGAGGAUCGCGAUUGAAGGCACAUAGGAGUCUGAGAGAUGACGAGGGAUUCCUCAUAAGACACUUUGCGGGUGCUGUUUGCUACAAUACGAACCAAUUUAUUGAAAAGAAUAACGAUGCUCUGCACGCUUCUCUGGAAUUCCUGGUACAGGAAUCAGAAAACAAACUCCUGAAUCGACUCUUUGCCUCUGGCUCAUCAGUUUCCAAGGGUAAACUGAGCUUCAUCUCGGUGGGAUCAAAGUUUAAAACUCAGCUGAGUGAAUUGAUGGAGAAGCUGGAGAGAAAUGGUACGAAUUUCAUCAGAUGCAUUAAGCCAAAUAGUCGAAUGGUGGAUCAUGAAUUCGAAGGAAGUCUCUGUUUGGCGCAGCUUAAGUGUUCAGGAACUACAUCAGUGCUGGAGCUCAUGGAGUACGGUUAUCCAUCACGUGUUCCCUUUGGUGAAUUGCAUAAAAUGUACAAAUCCUACUUGCCGCCGGAACUUGCCAAGCUCAGCGCCAGAACUUUCUGCGAAGCUAUGCUUCACUCACUGAAGCUCCACGAUAAGGACUUCAAAUUCGGCAUUACGAAGGUCUUCUUCCGUCCGGGGAAGUUUGUUGAAUUUGACAGAAUUAUGCGAUCAGAUCCGGAGAAUUUGAAGGCAAUUGUGGCGAAUGUGAAGAAAUGGCUGGUGCGAUCGAGGUGGAUAAAAUCAGCAUUCUGUGCCAUUUGUGUAAUAAAGCUGAAGAAUCGUAUAAUUUAUCGCAACAAGUGCGUUCUAGUUAUGCAGAAGGUGAUUCGAGGCUAUUUGGCGCGCAAGAAGCAUCAACCUCGUUAUAAGGGAUUGCAAAAGAUUAGGGCCAUCAAGACGAAUCUGAUCAAGAUGGAAGAGGUGGCAACUCAGCUGAAGAAGGAGAAAGAUGUUAUGUUGAACCAAGUGAAAUCCCUCUAUGCUGCAAUUGAUGAGGCAACGAGGAAGAUCAAGAUGAAUCAAUCUAUCACGCCGAAGGAAAUUGAUGGGAUUUACGAGGAUCUAAUGAAGAAGAUCGAUCAGAAUACGUCAUUGCUGAAAAACAAACUGCAAGAGCAGAAGAAUGCUGAGGAACAGGAGCGACUGAGGAAGAUACAAUUGGCUCUGGAGGCAGAGAGGAAGGCUAAAGAGGAGGAAGAGCGGAAGCGUCGCGAAGAGGAGGAGAAUAGAAAAAAAAAAGCCGAAAUGGAGGCAAAGAGAAAAGCAGAGGAAGCCGCUCGUCUGAGACAAGAGGAAUUGGAUCGUAAGACAGCGGAAGCACUCCAGGCUCAACUAUGCGAAGAGGCACAUAGGGACAGCAAAUAUCGAGAGCAGUUGGAACAGGAAAGGAGGGAUCACGAGCUCGCCACGCGCCUUGCCAAUGAGUCCAAUGGCCAAGUGGAUGAUAGUCCUCCACAGAUUCGCAAUGCACCACUCGAAGUCUCGUCUUUGGGUAAUCCAAACAGAUUGAUCAGAUCGGAGAACAUUCGUGCACAGCAGCAAUUGAUUGGAAAGCAGAAACACGAUUUAUCAAAAUGGAAAUAUUCGGAAUUACGUGAUGCAAUUAACACAUCUUGUGACAUUGAACUCUUGGAGGCUUGCCGACAUGAAUUUCACCGCCGCUUGAAGGUGUACCACGCCUGGAAGGCUAAGAAUCGCAAUAAGAGAUCCACAAUGGAUGAAAAUGAGAGAGCACCAAAGAGUGUCAUGGAGGCUGCUGCUAAGGCUUCAUCGAGAAUUCAACCACGUCAGGAGAUCAAUGCAGUGUCGGUUCAUCGGUAUUUCCGCAUACCCUUCGUCAGGCCCAAUGAUACAAAUGAUCCAGGUGGGAAGAGUAUUUAUUUGAAAGCAGAAUUGCGAGCUAACAUGAGUGUUUUGUAUACAAUAGGGAAGAAAGGUUGGUGGUAUGCUCACUUCGAUGGUCAAUAUGUGGCGCGUCAAAUGGAGCUUCACGUGGACAAGCAGCCAAUCUUGCUUGUGGCCGGAAUUGAUGACAUGCAAAUGUGCGAACUGAGCUUGGAUGAGACGGGAUUGACAAGAAAGCGCGGUGCUGAGAUCUUGGAGCACGAAUUUAAUCGAGAGUGGGAACGAAAUGGAGGAAAGGCGUACCGUAAGAUUGGAACCACUAAUAAUUGAGACAAUAAUUCUUCAUUUUAUUAGUUAUUGUCAUUAAUGGAUUUUGUGAAAUACUAUAAAUUGCACCCAGUAAUUUCCAGUCUGACAGCGUGACAAGAAUAAAAUUAAAAAAAAAACAUUCCAUUUUGGAUGAUUUUCUAAAUUUUGAUAGGUGAAAAUGAAUGUGUGAUGAAAAAACACAGCAAAAAUGAUAUGCAUCGAAAAGUAUUGUUAAAAAAAAUCAACAGUAUUUUCUUCAAAAUUUGUAGCUAUUCAAAAUAUAUGAAUCAAAAAGGACUCUUAAAACAUUUGAAUGAUUCCGUAAAUAAGUGCCUUGUCUAGAAACACACAAAAAGAUGUAGGAAAUGAAAUGAAAAUUUUAUGUACUAUUUGGGGCACAUUCCGAUAUUAUCCGAAAAGACAGAUGAUAUAAAUAUAACACGUAUUUCUUUCAAUUUAAUCAAAUGUUUAAAAUGUUUGAAUCGUUUCUUUUAGAGUGGAAAAGUUUAAUAUAUAUUUUAAAAUCUAGAUUAUAUGGUAAUUUAGAAACGUGAGUUGCUUGAAUUCUAUUUAAUGCGAUAAAAAAAGACUAAAAGAUGUUUUCCGCAUUGUCACACACUUAAUGAUAAACAAAAAGAAGUAUUAAUUUAAUAAAGGGUGGCAGAGAUUUUAGAUUUUUAUCCAGAUUAAGAUGUUAAUUAUAUACAUAUACUAGGAAUAAAUAAUAUGAAA